GGAUCAUGUGAUGUUUCUGCACUUUGAAGAGAGUCAGGCUGGCAUCUGCUUGAGGAUGCAUGCAUUCAUAAGUACAAAAUCUUACAGCUGUGAUGGUUUUGGCACAAAGAUGGACGCCUUAUUGCCUCUCUAUGUUUGCCAUGAUCUUUUAAUCAUAUGCCAGCAAUACGGUUUACUGCUGUGGAUCUGUAUAAAAGCUGCAAAUCUGUUUGGAUUCUUAUAUAUUGAUCUUCCAUUACACCACGGUUGCCGUGGAUAAAUUUACUGUUUAUAUUCAGAUGUUUCUUGUUUGAUUAGUCAUUUCCUGCACUAACCCUUAAUCAGUUAUUUUUCCUGUUUGUUCCAUCUCACAGACGCACAAUAUGUAUUUCUAUGUCACUUUUAUUCCUGUUUCAGGAUUGGAGUACUAACAAUUUGGUUCAUCUGUCCAUCCGUUGAACAGGGGUGAAACACCUGACCAAACGUGGAGAAUCCGAUUAGGACAGGCUGACAUCAGGAGAACUCGAGCAGGACAGAAACUGUUUCCUAAGUAGCUGUGUCAAGUAGCAGGACAGAAACUGUUUCCUAAGAAGAUGCUGCACUGAUCGCAGUUGACUGUACAAGCGUGGCCAAAGAAGAAAAGUCGCCGCCGGAGUCGCAUCAGAUCGCCUUCUCUGAACUUUCCCUUCUUCAUGUUCCCCUCCUUUCUCCCUUCUUGGCGUGCAAAAGGAACUGGAAAAGCUUCGAUUUUUGACACACCCACACCCAGCAGCCAUGGCCGCCACGCCCGAGGGCCUCUUCGCUGACCCUGAGCCCUUCUCCCCCUCCAUCUUCCUCGACCUGCCCCCGACGCCCCGCCCCGAUGGCAUCGGCGAGGGCCCGGCCUCGUCGGACGACCUCGUCCUCCCCUUCAUCUCGCGGAUGCUCAUGGAGGAGGACAUGGACGACAACUUCUUGUACCAGUUCACCGACCACCCUGCGCUCCUCCAAGCGCAGGAACCGUACGCGCGGAUCCUCUCCGACGCCAACAGCACCGCCUCCGGUUCUGCCGCCACCCUCUCGCCUUCCUCCGACUACGACCCGGUCCAGCUGCUCCUUUCCCCGCUGUGUCCCGACAUGGGACUGCACGACUUCAACAACGGCGACGUCGGCGCCUUCUUCUUGCCCGCACAAGAUGGCGCCAGCCCGGAGUUGGAGCAGAAUCCGGCGCAAUCAGGGAACGCUGGCGACGCCAACGCGUUCGUCGGAUACGGCGGCAGCACCGGCGUCCAGAGUUCGGCCUUCUUGGAUGCUGCCGAUGAGCAGAGUCCGGCGCAAUUAGGGACCACAACCUUGCCUUUGCCUGCUGGGGAUGGUGACCACGCGGUGCUGGCCUUGGCCUUCUUCAGUGGCCAGAAUGGGGGAAACAUGGACAUGCUCAACACAGCAUUCCUCAAGGGCAUGGAGGAGGCCAACAAAUUCUUGCCCACCAACAACAGCCUCCUCAUCGACCUUGAGGAUACCUCCGGGCAGCACCUGCCUAGAGACAGCAACCUGUCGCGUGCUUUUGCCACCAUCCAAGAGGAGGAGGGAAGAGGCAAUGGCAGGGGCCGCAAAAACAGGCUCAAUUGGGAUGACUUGGAGGCUGAGACGUGCAGGAAGAGCAAGCUGAUGGUGCCCGAGCCUGAGGAAACUGGCGAGAAGGUCGAUGAAAUGAUUGUCAAUGGACGUGAAUUGUGCCUCAAAGAAAUGGAGGCCUUGCGCAUCACCAUGGGCAGCGAUGCUAAGAAGAACACCAGGAAGGGCAAAGGGAAGUCAGCAAAGGGAAUGUGGAGUGCUGAUGAGGCAGUGGACUUGAGCACCUUGCUCAUCCACUGUGCACAGGCCGUGGCCACGGACAACUGCCGGAGUGCGACCGAACUGCUUAGGCAGAUCAAGCAACACUCCUCGCCGAGGGGUGACGCCACACAAAGGCUGGCACAUUGCUUUGCUGAGGGAUUAGAGGCACGGUUGGCAGGGUCAGGGAGCCAGGUCUACAGGUCGCUCAUGGCUGAGCGCAUCUCAGUCGUGGAGUACCUCAAGGCCUACCAGCUGUACCUGGCAGCUUCCUGCUUCAAAAUGAUGGCAUUCAAGUUCUCUAACAUGACCAUUUUCAAGGUCAUCGCAGGGAGGAAAAAGGUACACAUUGUGGAUUAUGGCAUACAGUAUGGGUUCCAGUGGCCAAGUUUGCUAGGCUACAUGGCAACGCUGAAGGGUGGACCACCUCAAGUGAGGAUCACUGGCAUUGACCUCCCCCAGCCUGGCUUCCGCCCAGCUUCUCGGAUCGAGGAGACAGGGCGACGACUCAGCAAUUGUGCUUCUCAGCUCGGCGUGCCAUUCAAGUUCCACAGCAUCACGGCGAGGUGGGAGACAAUUAGUGCUGAUGACUUGAACAUUGACCCUGAUGAGGUACUCAUUGUCAAUAGCAUUCGCAAUUUUGGUAAUUUGAUGGACGAGGGGGUCGACAUAGAUAGCCCAAGCCCUAGGGAUGUUGUCCUCAGCAAUAUUUGCAAGAUGAAGCCUGAUGCGUUCAUCCUUUUUGUCAUGAAUGCCUCAUAUAGCGCUCCAUUCUUUGUAACACGUUUCCGUGAGGCACUGUUCUUUCACUCUGCAAUGUUCGACAUGCUGGAUGCCACCGCUCCACGGGAGAAUCACCAGCGCUUUUUGGUUGAGCGGGGCCUCUUUAGGAAGUGUGCCCUGAAUGUUGUUGCCUGUGAGGGCUCGGACAGGGUGGAGCGCCCCGAGACAUAUAAGCAAUGGCAGGUGAGGAACCGCCGGGCAGGGCUAAGGCAGCUGCCAUUGGAUCCAGAUGUUGUAAAGGCUGUGAGGGAGAAAGUUAGAGAACAGUACCACAAGGAUUUUGUCAUUGAUGUGGAUCAUCAGUGGCUCCUGGAAGGGUGGAAGGGACGCAUACUCUAUGCCAUGUCGACAUGGGUUGCCGACGAUGCUAUCUCAGAACUUUAGCUGCUUUUCUUCACCGGAUACAGAGAUAUUGGUAAUUGCAAAUGCACAUAUGUUUCUGGCUUUCUGUGUUACCAGUGAGCUUCAUGAACCGCUCAGCAGCUAUAUUUCGACGCUUUCUUCCAAGAUGGCUUGGCCUUGAGAUGAAGUUCAUAAGCAGUAGUGACAUAAUAAUGUCUUGUAAUGUACAGUUAUCUCUUGUAAUGUACAAUUAGAUAUUUGUUAGGUGUUCUCGUUGCUGCAGCUACACAGGGUCUUACAAAUACUAGUUCCCUGCGUGCUAGUGUAGAACCUGUAUAAAUGUACAACAGAACUGAAGAACCCUGUUUAUUACUUUACUUACUGCUAGUAUAUGACUGUACUAUUCUGUAGCUUUGCAAAUUUAUAUGCUUUAUUUGACUUU